GCGUCUUCCGCCCCAGACUUCAUGAGUCGAAUGGACUUCCAUUCACAACCCCUUUCACAUCAAACCUUCUCUUUCAUCUCUUCUUAGUAUUUCUCUCGCAUUGUACUUACACAUAGCUGGCCUGUUUUUCUUGUCCUGUCGUGUGAGACCCUUCUACCAGCCGGAUCCGAUGUCAUUCCUUUUCUGAUUCGCCUCAAUGCCGACCCCGAGUGACAACACACCAAGCCUGAAUGCCACAUCGAUCUCUGAAGAAAUCUCCACUCGGACAACAUGUCCGCCUGAAAUAGAGAGGCUGUCGUCCUGGCGAGACUCACCUGAAUCUACCGUGGCGGAGGGCGAUGCUCCCGAUAAUGCCCUCUCCCCCACCAUUGCCUCGGCGCAGUCCGUGCUGACUCGGUCGGAUGAUGUUGCUAUAACUCGUUCAAAUCCGGAUGCAUUAAAGGCCAGUGCUGUGCCUGGAACCUCUGCCAAGAGCAUGGAAAAAUCCGACGAAGAUGCUGCUGCGGGAAGAUUGAGUCCUGCUGGGGAACCGCCACGCUCCUCCAACCAGCCGUCUUCUGUUACUACACCUUCCACUAGUGCGCUUUUGAGUUAUGAAUUCUCAAAUAUACGGCUUUUGCCUAAUUACACAUCGUCCUUUCUGCGACCCGGUAGUAAAUUCACUGGCACGCAGCAGUCAGACCGUCAGAUAUACAAUGUUGAUGUAGAGAUCAAGCAUGUUGAUAUGGUUGAAUCGUAUCUUUGUGGUUAUCUUAGAAUUCAAGGUCUCACGGAGGAUCAUCCCACCCUUACUACGUUUUUCGAGGGAGAGAUUAUCGGAACAAAACACACAUUCAAGACUAGAAAUGAAGCAUGGGGCGCUACGGAGAAGACCGAUAUGCAUCACUGGGCGAGAUUUCCAGCUUGGAGGCCGUUAGCUAAGCAGGCAAAAAGACCGGAUUUCACGUACCGCAACUUCGCUCAACGCGAACAUAUCUUCAUGCGAUGGAAGGAGUACUUCCUUGUACCCGACCAUCGUGUAAGGACAAUUUCAGGCGCAAGCUUCGAGGGCUUCUACUACAUCUGUUUCAACCAGGUGGAAGGGACCGUGACUGGUAUAUACUUCCAUGCAAAGAGCGAGAAGUACCAGCAGCUGGAGCUCAAACACGUUCCGGAUCACGGUUGCACCCCUGCUAUUGAAUUUCGUUGAUACCAAUUUCUAUGGCGCGGGACAACGUUCUGGUCAUCAAGUCCCUCGGCCUUUACCUUCUACGUUUUUAAUUGCCUCUAUUGCCUCCUUCUAAUUCUCUCCACUAGUUCCUGCCUGUGAUAAAAUCCACGGUGUGGUGCUCCCAAAGCACAGGAAUGCUUGUUUUCUACCCUCCCGCUCCCUACAUCAGACACUUGAUUCAUGGUUUUACGAUGGCUGUUUUCUUAAAUUGGCGUCCGCGUUGGUUCUAGGGUUCUAACUAUCACCCCAUCUUGUGUUUCUUCCUUCCAUCUUCUUGGUCUUUGUCUUUUAUUCUCGAUUCACACUGGGGCCAUUGUGUGCGAAUAGGUAGCGUUAUCUGAAGGAUCUCGGUUCAACACGUUUGGGCUAUUUGUCACAUUUCAUUCAUUUUCCUCGGACCUGAAUAGUAGUCAUAUUCUAUCCUUUGCUGAUCAUAUAUGCAUAUACGAGUGUAUACACCGAAACAGAUAUCCCGCCAUCAUGUUGACCUUCGUUGACUCAGCAUGGUGUGAGAGGAAGGUAUCUAGAUUUACCUUUGAAGUUUAUUUCAGUUUCAUGCCA